UGCUCGCGCUGCUCCCCGCUAGCUCCACUCUCUCACCCGCCCCGAUCUUGCUCACCUGCCACCACCAGCCAACCCCUCCCCCGUUCCCACCCCCAAGUUCCUCGCGCUCUCUCGGGCCGUUACUCGCAGGCAGCCCCUCGCCGAGAGGCCGCCGUGACCAUGGAGGAGCCUGGGAUGUCUCAUGAAUCAGCAGAGGAUUUGUUUCAUUUUAAUGUAGGGGGUUGGCACUUUUCAGUUCCUAGAAGCAAGCUUGCUCAGUUCCCAGACUCCCUCCUGUGGAAGGAGGCAUCUGCCUUGACACCCUCAGAGAACCAACGGCUAUUCAUUGACAGAGAUGGAUUUACAUUUCGGCAUGUACAUUAUUACCUCCAUACCUCCAAACUCUCCUUUUCCAGUUGUGCAGAAUUAAAUUUGCUAUAUGAGCAAGCAUUGGGUUUGCAGCUGACACCUUUAUUACAGACUCUAGAUAAUUUGAAGGAAGGGAAACACCAUUUACGUGUGAGGCCUGCAGAUAUUCCUGUUGCUGAGAGAGCGUCUCUGAACUACUGGAGGACUUGGAAGUGCAUCAGCAAACCUUCAGAUUUUCCAAUGAAAAGCCCAGCUUUCACUGGACUGCAUGAUAAAGCUCCCCUGGGACUCAUGGACACCCCCCUCUUGGACACUGAAGAGGAAGUCCAUUAUUGUUUCCUGCCCCUGGACUUGAUCACAAAGUACCCCACCCUGGUGACAGAAGACAAUCUGCUGUGGCUGGCUGAAAAUGUGGCUCUGAUAGAAUGCGAGUGUAGCGAGUUCCGUUUCAUAGUGAAUUUUCUCCGCUCACAGAAGAUUUUGUUACCAGAUGAUUUUGCCAACAUUGAUAUUUUGGAAGCAGAAGUGGACAUUUUGGAAAUUCCAGAGCUCACGGAGGCAGUAAGGGUGCACAGGAUGAACAUGGGAAAUUGUUCCCAAACCACAUGUCACCUUCCAAGUCCUGGAAAGGGGGGAAGAGCAGCCAACCUGGAAUCUGUGAAGCCCCUAUAUAUGAUGGCCCUUGGCCUGCUGGUCAAAUACCCUGAUUCAGCACUGGGACAGCUCCACAUUGAAAGCACUUUAGAUGGAAGCAAACUGUAUAUUACAGGGAAUGGUGUUCUCUUUCAGCAUGUCAGGAAUUGGCUGGGAACCUGCAGGCUGCCCCUAACAGAGACAAUUUCAGAGGUAUAUGAACUCUGCUCCUUCUUGGACAAGAGGGACAUCACCUAUGAACCUAUGAAAGUUGCUCUGAAAACACAUCUUGAACCCAAAACUCCAACUCACAAGUUGCUUGAUGAAGCUUGGACAGCAGAGAUCACAGUCUAUUCACCUCAUCAGAUUGUGAAAGUUUAUGUAGGAAGCCAUUGGUAUGCAACAUCCCUCCAGACCCUACUGAAGUAUCCAGAACUGCUGUCUAACCCCCAGAGAGUGUAUUGGAUUACAUAUGGACAGACUCUGCUAAUCCAUGGAGAUGGACAAAUGUUCAGACACAUUCUCAAUUUCCUUAGACUUGGCAAACUGUUUUUACCAACUGAAUUUAAAGAAUGGCCUCUCUUCUGUCAGGAGGUUGAGGAGUACCGAAUUCCCUCUCUAUCAGAAGCCCUUUCUCAAUGUGAGGCUUACAGAUCCUGGACCCAGGAGAAGGAGUCUGAGAGUGAAGCAGCUUUUCCCAUCCGGAGAUUGCAUGUAGUGACUGAAGGUCCACCUGUUGAGCUCAACCGAGGCCCUAAGGAAACUGCCCCCUGCGUGCCUGUGGAGUUUAGAGAUUGCUGUGGGACUCCAUGGAGAAAAAUGAAGGGAGUGCCAGCCAGGCCAGGCCUAACAGAGGAGAAUGAGCAGUACACUAGAACAAUCCACUUGUCCCUGUGCAGAGGUGUCAAGAGAACCAGUAACCCUGGGGUGUAUCCUCAGUGCCCAGGCCUGUUUACCAACCCCAGGCAUUGGAGCCAUCCUGAGAGCCCUCCAAAAAAGAAGUGCUCCGCAGUCAAUAUCAUCCCCAAAUCAGAAACUUCAGACCCUCCUGUUACCCCCAUGCAAAAGCUGAUUUCCUUGGUUCGAGAGUGGGACAUGGUCAACUGCAAGCAGUGGGAAUUCCCACCAGUGGCGCCCUCAAGAAGCACAAGCCUAGAGGAGCCCACUCCACGGCCCCUCUCUGGGAACGAGGCAGCUUGUCAGCUCAGUCCAGCCAUCGCUUCUUGGAAAACUCGACCAGCUGCCACAGAGAAGACUCCAAGUCCCCAAGCCAUGACCAUUGCCAAGGAAAAGGGCUUGGAGCAAAUAUUCAGGCCGUAUCUCCCAAUAAAAAGAGCAGUUGCCUUGAAAGACUGGGCAAGGCAGGGAGCAAAGGAGAAAGAAACCUCCAUCCCUGAGCAGCCUGUGCUGGAAGCUGAUGAGCUGAAUGACAUGGGGAUCAUUCUCAAAGUGACCCAUCCCCCAGUUGUCGGGAGUGAUGGCUCCUGCACAUUCUUUGAGGACAGUGUGGUGUAUACUACCCAGCUCGACGACAUCAGACUGGCCCCAUCUAAGACCAGCCCUCUAUCCAGAGAGGUGACUUUCCUAAGUUUCUCUCUGUCCCGGGAGGAGAUGUUUUAUGCCCGAAAAUGCCACUGUUUCCUGACUGACAUCAUCUUGGAUUCCAUUAGACAGAAGGACCCCAAAGCAGUGACAGCCAAGGUGGUAUCCCUGGCCAACAGGCUAUGGACCCUUCACAUCACUCCCAAACAGUUUGUGGCAGAUUUGCUGACCAUCGCAGGCUUUAAGGAUGACAGGCACACCCAGGAACGGCUGCACAGCUGGGUAGAGCUCACACUGCCGUUUGCCAGGAAAUACAGCCGCUGUGUGGACCUGCUCAUCAAGAAAGGUUUGUCCAGGUCUGUCUCCUAUUCAGUUCUGGGGAAGUACCUGGAGGAGUGUUAGGGGAGACGCCACCCACACCUGGAGCUCAUGUAUGUGCAUAGGUCUUUGUGCAUGAGUGUGCACACCUGUGUGUGUGUGCACAUGAACCUGUGUGUGCUGUGUGCAUACGUGUGUAUGAACUAGAGCUUGUCCUUUUAUAAACAAAUAAAGUUCUA